AUGGCGCCGCCGAGCUCCCUGGCCUCCGCGCCCACGCGCGCCUCCUUUCGCAAGCGGACUCCCUCCGCCAAGGCCUUGCCCCAGCCGGAGCCGGAGCCCGAGCACCAGAGCAGCGGCAAGCGCCCGCUCAAGAUGGCAUCGUCCGCCAAUGCCACGGCGGGGUCCGCGAAGAAGAAGACGACCAAGGCCAAGGCGACCAGGAAGAAGUUGCGGACAUGCGCGAAGGAGGGUGACCCGGACGGCGACGACAUUUGCGCCGACGAGCCCGACGAGGAGGAGCUCGCCCUGGCGGAGGAGAAUGAGCUGGCGGAGCAGGAGGAGGAGCAGGCGGCGGUGGGGCCGCCGACCAGGACGCGGAGGCGGCCGGUGAUCAGGAGGCGGGUGGCGAAGCCGAGACGGGUGCAAGGCAGCGGGAACCACGACCAUGAGUUCGUCGGCGAGCCCAUCCCCCAGGACGAGGCUCUCGAGGCGUGGCCAACGCGAUACCAGCACAGCAGGGCGAAAGAGAAGGCCCGGGCACACUACCGCUGCGCGAAGGUUGAGGAUACCAUCUACUCCCUCAAUGACGAUGUCUAUGUAAAGGCUGCAGAGGGAAAGACUGAUUUUCUCGGCAGGAUAGCCGAGUUUUUCGAGGGCACAGACAGCCGUCGGUAUUUCACCUGUCGCUGGUUCUACCGCCCAGAGGAAACGGUUAUUUCAACAAUGAUACUAGAAAAAGGUACUGAUCACAAGCAUGACCCAAUACGUGUAUUCCUUUCUGAGGACAAGGAUGAUAUUAGUCUUGAUUGUAUAUUAUCAAAGAUUAAAAUAGUCUACGUUGAUCCAAACUUAAAUUCAAUAUCCAAGGCUGAGAAGCUUGUAGAGUGUCAGUUUUACUAUGACAUGUCUUAUAGCGAGGCCUUUUCAACUUUUGCCAACAUACCAUCAGAGAAUGGGCCUAUAAUCAGCGAUACUGCAUCUAAGUUCUCGGGUGAUACUGUCGAUUUGGGUGAGACAUCAGCUAAGAAAGCAACCCUUCUAGACCUUUACUCUGGUUGCGGCGGGUUGUCAACAGGCCUUUGUUUAGGUGCAGCUCUAGCCGGGGUCAAACUUGAGACGAGGUGGGCGGUUGAUUUUAAUGAGUUUGCCUGCAAAAGUCUGAAGUAUAAUCACCCUGACACACAGGUUCGAAAUGAAAAGGCCGAGGAUUACCUUGUACUUCUCAAGGAAUGGGCUGUCUUAUGUGACAAGUAUGUCCAUAAUGUUGUUCAUUCUGAUUCAGUCGACCCUUUAGAGGAUGAAGAGGAAGAUGACGGCCCUCUAGGAGAGGAUGAGUAUGUGGUGGACAAGGUUAUUGGAAUAUGCUAUGGUGGCACUGGGAAGGAAAAUACUAUAUACUUUAAGGUGCAAUGGGAAGGCUAUGAUUCUGAUGAAGAUUCAUGGGAGCCGGUGGGGAACCUAAGUGACUGUGCUCUGAAGAUUAAAGAAUUUGUACAAGAGGGUCACCGGCUGAAAAUUUUGCCACUACCGGGCGAUGUUGAUGUCAUAUGUGGCGGUCCACCGUGUCAAGGAAUCAGCGGGUUUAACCGCUUCCGAGACAGUAAUAAUCCUCUACAGGACGAGAAAAAUCGACAGCUAAUUACUUUUAUGGAUAUUGUCGAAUAUUUAAAGCCAAAUUAUGUUCUCAUGGAAAACGUGGUGGACAUAGUAAAAUUUGCUGAAGGUUACCUGGCAAGUUAUGCAUUAAGCCGCUUGGUUUCGCUCAAUUAUCAAGCACGGCUUGGCAUGAUGGUGGCAGGUUGUUAUGGGCUGCCGCAAUUUCGUAUGAGAGUUUUCCUUUGGGGAGCUCUUCCAACAAUGGUGCUCCCAAAAUACCCAUUGCCUACCCACAAGGUUGUUUGGCGUGGCGGAAUCCCAACUUCCUUCUCCCAAAGCAUUGUUUAUGAUGAAACACAAGAAUCGACGCUUAAGGAAGCUUUGCUACUUGGUGAAGCAAUAUCAGAUUUACCUGAGAUAGGUAAUCAUCAGCCAAAUGAGAUAAUGGAGUAUGGAGGUAAUCCUAGGUCUGAUUUUCAACAAUAUAUACAGAUAAGUCGAAAAGAUAUGCUAGAUUAUUCCUAUGAACACAAGGUUUGUUCUGAGGAUGGUAAACUGCUUGAUCACCAACCCUUGCAACUAAACAAGGAUGAUCUUGCACGUGUACAGCAAAUCCCCAAGAAAAAAGGCGCAAACUUCCGUUGUCUCAGGGGGGUCAGGGUGGGAGAAGGCAAUAAAGUCGAGUUUGAUCCUGAAAUCGAGCGUGUCUACCUCGAUUCAGGAAAGCCUCUGGUCCCUGAUUAUGCCAUGUCUUUUGUUGGGGGAAAAUCAAAGAAGCCAUUUGGACGUCUUUGGAAGGAUGAAACAGUUGCAACGGUUGUGACAAGAGCAGAGCCGCACAACCAGAUUAUCUUGCACCCAGAUCAAGAUAGAGUGUUGUCGGUCCGUGAGAAUGCAAGAUUGCAGGGUUUUCCUGAUUAUUACCGGAUGUGGGGUCCUAUUAAACAGAAGUACAUCCAGGUGGGUAAUGCCGUGGCCAUUCCUGUCGCUCGGGCAUUGGGAUACUCUCUUGGUCAGGCAUACAAAGGCAAUUCAGAAGGGCUUGACCAGGCACUUUUUGUUCUUCCCAACAGCUUCACUUCCUUGGGGCAGGCUGCGGUUCCGGAUGUCAACAUUCAUUCACCUGUAGGCGAAUUGGUAGAGUAG